AUGGGUGUGGAGGCCGGCGACGACUACGACCCGGCCGCGGUCGUCGUCUGCAAGGGGAAGCGCAGCAAGCGCCAGCGCGUGCAUGCGGCGCCACCCCCGCCACCGCCGGAUGUGGUGAUCGCCGCAAGCGUCGAGGCCGAGUCGUCGUCGUCCUCCGUGGCCGAUCAGGAUGACGGGUGGCUAUCCACGGGCGUCGAUCAGGAGGCCGCCUCGGGGUGCGUCACCGAGGAGGAGGAGGACAUGGCGCUCUGCCUCAUGCUCCUCGCCCGCGGCGGCCGCGCCGGAUCGUCGUCGUCAUCUACGCUGCUUGCGGUGGCUCCCGACGCCGCUGACUCCACUGCGACGGCAGCCAAGGAGGGCAAGUUCCGGAGUCGGCGCCCGGCGGACGGGGCUGGAGCCGAGGCCGGGGAGUUCGUGUACGAGUGCAAGACUUGCGGCAGGUGCUUCCCGUCCUUCCAGGCGCUCGGCGGCCACCGCACCAGCCACAAGAAGCCCCGCCCCCUCCUCCCGUCAACGCCGCAGCUCACGACUACGGUCACCGCGACGACGACCAAUGAGAAGAAGCGACCACGGCCGACUGCAGCCGAGGUGAAGACGCCAUCGCCGGCAGCGAAUGCAACCGCUGGUCCGAUGGUGCCGGGGAUCCCGGCGACGCCGCCCAAGCACGAACCGGCCGUGAUCACGGCCACCGGUGUCACGAGCGGCGCUUCGAGGCAGCAGCAUGGGAGCAGGGUGCACGAGUGCAGCAUGUGCGGCGCCGAGUUCGCGUCCGGGCAGGCGCUGGGCGGGCACAUGCGCCGGCACCGCCCGCUCCUGCCAGCCUCGUCCUUGUGCGCGGCGGCCAAGGAGGACGACGAGGUGGGAGCGACGGCGGUCAGCACGAAGGAGAAGAGCUUCCUGGAGCUGGAUCUCAACAUGCCCGCGCCCUGCGAUGAUGCCAGCGUCGACACGACGUCGACGGUGUCUUUCACGUCCGCGACGGUGGUGGACUGCCAUUACUAG